CGGAAAACAUGACGCCACCGUCCUCAGAGUAGAGAAAGACGCCAUUUUGUUUUUAGCGGUGAGGAGGAGAACCGGAAAAAAAUUGUAGCGAAACUGCACCAAAAGAUCCGCCACCAUGGGGAACAUGUUUGCAGGCCUCUUUAAGAAUCUCUUUGGGAAGAAAGAGAUGAGAAUUCUGAUGGUGGGCUUGGAUGCUGCUGGAAAGACCACCAUCCUGUACAAACUGAAACUGGGAGAAAUAGUCACCACCAUCCCCACUAUCGGUUUUAAUGUUGAGACGGUAGAGUAUAAGAACAUCAGCUUUACAGUGUGGGAUGUAGGCGGUCAGGAUAAGAUCCGGCCGCUUUGGAGGCAUUAUUUCCAAAACACACAAGGCCUGAUAUUUGUUGUGGACAGUAAUGAUAGGGAGCGAGUGAACGAGGCAAGAGAGGAGUUGACGAGGAUGCUGGCAGAGGACGAGUUGAGGGAUGCCGUGCUGCUGGUCUUUGCCAACAAACAGGAUCUGCCCAAUGCGAUGAACGCAGCCGAGAUCACAGAUAAGCUGGGCCUUCAUUCCCUGCGUCAUCGUAACUGGUACAUUCAGGCCACCUGCGCCACAAGCGGGGAUGGCCUGUAUGAAGGGCUCGACUGGCUCUCCAACCAGCUCAAAAACGCUAAAUGAUCCAUUCCACCCUCUCCUCUCUUCUGUCAGCGCUGUGUGUGUAUGAGUGUGUGUAAAGGGUGACAGCACUAGUUUCAGUCUCGCCCAGUUUAUUCAUAUCUUUCUCUUGUCCAGUCUUGUAUACAUCAGAGACUUAGCCCAGUGCUGUCUAAAAUACACAUGCAAGUGUAAGUGUGUGUGUGUGUGUGUGUGAGUGAACUGAGGGUGGGAGUAGCCUUGCUGUGCCUUUCAAAAUAGACACUCGGCGUACAGCACGGUUCUCUCUUUCUCUCUUUUCUCCCUCCUCUCCCCGUGGUUUUCUGCACGCAAAGAAUGACCCAGGAUGUUAAAUAUUUCUGUUACCUAAUACACUGAAACCCGACUAUAGGCCUGAUUUUUCCCUUUCCCAAUGUUUAAAGCAAUCACGCAUGACUAAAAUGUUACAAGGUGUGAGUUGCCAUCCUUUGACCCCACAUUUGAUAAAACUCAUUGUAACCUGCAUCAGGUUGGGAAAAAAGAAGGAAAAAAAAAUCAGACAAUAAAGUGACAUUUGUUUUUCAUCCAUUCUUCUUCGCGUUAUUUGAAAAUCAUGCUAACGCUUUCAGGUACGUCACAUGACGCUCUCCAUGUGAACACCAGCUCGCUUUCCUUACUGCUGUCCUCAGUCAAGCGCAUUCAAGCACAAGCCUGUGAAAUCUUUUGUUUACACAAAGUCAGCUUGUAAAACGUCUUAAACUUUUGCCUGUGGGGAAGAAAUCAUGUGACCCUGUGUGUCUGCCUUCUUGGAUCUUGCUGUAGUGUGAUCAUCCAGUCAGAUCCCAGACACUAACCAACAGUCCUACGUGUGUGUUUCGAUUGGCAUGUAUGAGGCGACUGCAGAAGUGACGAGUGUUUGUGGGAGUAUGGAGGGAGUGAGCGCCUUCUGCUGGUGCAGCAAGGCCUUUUGUGAGCUGCUCCCACUCCAGUGAUUCUUCUUUUAGCUCUUUUUCUUUAUUUUUAUUGUUGUGAUUUAUUUUUGUUGUUAUUACGGUCUCUUUCAAGGUGUCCUGCAUCAUCUGUACAGUCAGAAUCGCAUGUGUUCUGGUGAGGCCGCUAAGGGCUUUUUGGGGUGCAUUUGGUUUCCUUGUUGUAAUUUGAAAAUGAGAUCCAUGAUAUAUUGAUUUAACAUCCAAAUCUGCAGCUGAUCCAGAGUCGCCAACAAGAUCCAGUGUUUGUCUCUAUGCUUCUCUUUGUGUGAUAGAAAUACAGUACAGCUGCAGGUCACAAUGCAAACUCCUCCAGCCUGCUAUAGUCCUCCCUCUUCCACUUUUCACAUUUCUUUUUUCCUUCAUUUCUCUUCAUCUGUUGAUGGCUGCUCUACCUGACUCACCGGUCCAUUUCGAAACAUGUCACUGAUAGAAACAAGCACCAGCAGAGAGAUGUCCGCUUUGAGAACGUGUACACACAGCCUAAUAAUCCAAAACUGACGAACGCUUUGCUUCCCUUCAUAUUCCAAAGGCACCUGCAGUGCUGAAUACAGCAUCGAGUAUUCGGCUGUAAAGAUCCCAGUGGUCCGACCCCUGUGAUGACCUCUCACAAGGGAUAGCUGAUGUUGAUGGCAACAUGAAUGCAUUUUAUUCAUUUGUUUUCUUUCCCCUUUGUCUGUCACCAAAAUUCAUGUUUCAUAACUCUAAUAAUGUUUUCCUUGGCCUUUUAGUUAUGAUACAGAUCUACUGUAGUAGAUAGAUUUAUUUGAAUAAGCAUCAUCUAUGACAAGUAAUUAAAGUGUAUGGACUUGAGUAUGAAAAUGUAUUUAGCUUUCGGAUUUCAUUUAGCUAUCCUAUGUUCAGAUGUGAAGCUUUAAUUUCAAAAAAAUCUGUAAAAUAAUAGGAGGAAGGAAUGUGUGCAGAUGUUUUUUUUUCUUUUACUGAAAUGGUUUUUGUUUUAGCUCUUUUUUUUUUAAAACCCAUCUUGUAACAUCUGAUAAAUGCACUAUAAUAAAGAGAUCUCUAUUACAA